AUGUUUAGAGCCAUGAGCACCAGGAAAGUCCACGGCGGCUACGAAAAGCUCGUGGAAGAUGAACCGAAGUUGAAGCGGGUCACGAGCGUUCCGGCUAGUGUUUAUGGUAAUUCAAGAAACCCGGUUCAAGAGGAGGUGAAGAAGACACCGACGGUGAAACCAACCGGUGGUUCUGUUCAUCCCUUGCUAAGUUUCUUCGACGUACGUUUUCAGAAGAAGAAGAAGAAAACCAAGAAGAGUUUGGCCACGGCGAAACCAGAGUUUGCGAGGUAUAUGGCGUAUGUUAAGGAAGGAGGUGUGUGGGAUCCUAAUUCUAACGCACCGGUGAUUCAUUAUAGAUAGAAUCAUGGAGGAAGAGGAAUAAAGACUUGUAUUUCUUUUAUAUAUAUUAUCUAUUGAAAAAAGAAGAAAAAUAGUUCUUGGUUCUAUUCAAAAGAUGGAUCAAAAGUUCAAAACUAUGAAUUUCUCAUGUUUUAUGAAUUGAUGUAUUAAAAAAGGUUUGUUUAGUACACUUUCAUUGAGUUACUGCCUACACGAAUAAUAUAAAUUCAAGGUUCAUGAGCU